AUGGCCGUGCCAGAGGCAGAAUCGGCGAUGAGUGCCCAGAUGCGUGAGAUGAGGGCGCAGCUACAGGCACUACGGGAAAAACGCGAGCACAUUGAGCUUCAAACCCUGCUUGUGAAGGAGAAGCAACGGCUGGCGGAGGAGGAGAAACAGCUGCGAGACGCGACGGACAAACUAAAUGCGACCAUAGGCUCAAAUGUAGCAGAUGGACAGCAAACUUUGGCGGUAGCUCCAGCUGCUCGUGAUACGAGUAGUAUGGUGGCAGCGUUCAUAGAGUCGGUUAGGAGCCCCAACGCUGAGAACCCGACCUAUACCAAUGGACACACUCACAACGCAACGCCAGUCAACGGCGUCACUAAGAAUGGUACUCGAGUUCAGUCAGGAACUGUUCCCCCACCGGGAAAUACGCCCCAAGCUUCAAACCCUUCGCCUGCACCUACGAAGGUGGUACCACGCUAUGAAGUGUGGAAACAGAAGGUGGAGCAGGAGCGGGCCUUGGCGGCUGCGACUGCUGCUUCAAAGAAAGCCAAUGGGGCUUCAACCACUCCAAAUGGAGCUUCUGCGCCUCUGGCAAACCAGCCAGCUGGAAAGCGCCUCGGCGAAGAAAACGAUAUGUCGCCUGCGAAGAUCCAGAAGCAGAAUCCAACCCCACCACAGGCGGGAAACAAGCCACAGCAGAUGUCAAAAAAACAGAAGCAAAAGCAAAAGCAGAUGGGAAACCAGCAAUCACAGGCGGGAAACCAGCAAUCACAGGUGGGAGACCAGCAAUCACAGGUGGGAAACCAGCAACCACAGAUGGGACACCAGCAACCACAGGUGGGACACCAGCAACCGCAGGUGGUAAACCAGCAACCGCAGGUGGAGAAUAAGCCGCCACAGUUAGGAAACCCGCAACCACAGCCGCAGAUAUCCUCGACGUCUGCUUUGUCUGAUGCUGAGAAGAGGCUGGAACAAAGACUUCAAAAGUUGCCUGUGGAACAACAUAAUGGACAGAUCAAGGCGCCAGCUCCACCCACUGGGCCCCGAGAGCGCUCGCCACCAAGAUAUCCCAGGGGACGUUCGCCUUCGCCCUCUAGACCGGCCCGAGGGUUUUCUCCACCUAGAUCAGUGAGGCCUCGUUCGCCUUCCAGAUAUAGAAUGCGUUCGCCUUCCAGGCAUAGAGCGAGGUCAGCAUCCAGGUUUAGAGCGCGUUCACCAUCUCGACCAGGUAGAGGCCGCUCCCCACCUAGAGGGUAUAGACCUCGUUCCCCAUCACGCAGACCCAGGACUCGUUCACCAUCCAGAGAGCGCUUCCGCUCGCCACCGGCCAGCCACUACUUAACACCGAGGCGAGACCGUUCGCCCCCAAGAGCGCCCAGAGGGCAUACACCAAGGAUGGCCCCUAGAGCCCAUACAACGGCGCCGCCAGUGCAAAGCCAACAUAUCCCACUUGCUUCGCCUCUGACCCAACGCCGGCAUAUCCAACUUGGAUCACCUGUCGCGCCUUUUCAGAAUACUUCAGCUCCUCCUGUGCGAACCCCGCCCAAGCCACAUGUUCCCACAUACGUGGCAAGCGACUGGCAGGAAUGCAGAAACUUCACUUGUCACAUAGAGCUCCACUUCCAGAAAUUCCCCACAUUCUACUGCAACGAUGAGACGAAGAUCGAGACCGGCAAGCUUGUGAUUGCUGCACCGCUAGUGGAUCAAUGGAACGCGUACGCUGGACAGCUCCCAAAGGUUACUUGGUUCACCUUCUGCACCUUUCUCGUGGAGUUACUCCCGCCCGAUGGGACUGAGGAGGAGUGCCGUCGCAUUUACUCGUCAAUUAAGCAAAGGCCCACACAAUCUGUGCGGGACUUUGUUUUCAGCAUGCUGCGCUACCACAAAUACUGGAAUUGCACCAAUCAUAACCGCCUGCGGCACCUUUGGGAUCGGAUUGUUGAACCCCUCAAGUACAACGCAGAGAUGUCAUGGAAGGACUUUCAUGACUUCCAUGAAUUUGUCGAGUAUUUGGAGGGAGUGGAGAGUUUUAUGAAAGUGAAUGGUAUCUCCUUCAUUGAGGGUGUGCCGAAGCCAGCGAGGUCCAAAUCAGUAGGCCCCUCAAAGCGUAGUCGUGGGGGUGGAGACCGCGGCCGCGGAUGUGGAGAUCGGGGUCGAGGAGAUCGCGGUCGUGGAAAGCGUGGUGGUCGUGGUUGA